AUGCAAUUCCACCUUUCCACAAUCUGCCUCGCGGCCGCGACCCUCUUCGCCUCGCACAUCCUCGCAGCCCCCGCUCCCGCGCCGGUUCCAAACCCAAACACUAACGGACGCCCAGCCAUCUACAGUGGACCCAGUGGUCACGACGCAGGCAAUGCGGUCUGCUUCAAGGGCUACUUCUACGGCGCUGUAGGGUGUCCUGGCCGAGCGUACAAGGAUGGGACAUGCUGCAUCUCAGAGGAGAUCGCAGUCAAAGUACCAGAACCCAAAGCGCCCGGAUACACGGGCGACAGCGACGCUGAAUGA